UGGGUUUCUACAUGGUAGGGCUUGGCUGGCCUCUUUCAGCUACAGUUACUAGGCUUUUCUCAUCAUUAAUUUAUCUGCACCCCCAAAGCUCUGGCUGACUGGUUUGUUAGGUGAUUGGUCAGCUAAGCGGGGGGAAGGACGGGACAGUCAGAGCAGUGCGGUACCAGGGCUCCCACAGAGGAGCAAAACCCGAGCUAGGGCUGAUGCAGAACGGGGAGGAUAUGAGCCCGCAGGACUCCAAGGCAGCAGGGGCCGAGGCUAUGGAGGAGCACAAGGCCCAGAGUCAGGCGUGUGUGGAGCCCACAGCACCUCCACUUCCUCCCCCUUCACCGCCACCGCCAGGGCCACCAGAAUAUUCAAGGCCUAGGCUCAUCUUCCACACCCAGCUGGCUCACGGAAGUCCAACAGGCCGCAUCCAUGGAUUUACUAAUGUCAAGGAGCUGUACGCCAAGAUCGCCGAAGUGUUCAACAUCUCACCCUCAGAGAUCUUGUUCUGCACUCUCAACUCUCACAAAGUGGACAUGCAGAAGCUACUGGGGGGACAGAUCGGGCUGGAGGACUUCAUCUUCGCUCACGUCAGAGGGGAGACCAAAGAAGUGGAGGUGACGAAGACGGAAGAUGCAUUGGGUCUCACCAUCACAGACAAUGGAGCUGGAUAUGCUUUCAUUAAGAGGAUAAAGGAAGACAGCACCAUAGAUCGACUGAAGACUGUAUGUAUUGGCGACCACAUCGAGGCUAUUAAUGACCAGAGCAUCGUUGGGUGUCGACACUAUGAGGUGGCUAAGAUGCUGAAAGAGCAACCGAGAGGAAUACCCUUCACCCUUCGUCUUGUGGGGCCUAAGAAGGCUUUUGAUAUGAUUGGAAUGAGGACCAGAGCUCCUAAGUCUAAUGAGGGUAAGAUGGUGAACGGGAAGGAGACGCUGCGUCUUCGCUCCAAGGGUGCUGCUACAGUUCAGGAAGUGCAGAAUGAGUUUGAAGAACGGGCCACCAAGAAAGUGGACGACCUGCUGGAGAGCUACAUGGGCAUCAGAGACCUGGAGCUGGCCACCACCAUUGUGGAAGCGGGCAAAGACAAGAAGAACCCUGAUGACUUUGCCGAGGCGUUGGACUCUGUUCUGGGAGACUUUGCUUUCCCUGAUGUGUUUUUGUUUGAUGUAUGGGGAGCGAUCGGAGAUGUCAAAAAUGGCAGAAUGUAGACGUUUACUUUACACGGAGGAGAGACGGAGAGGGAGAGAGUGAUCUCUGUCCUCUGGCAUAUCCACUUGUAACAUGUAGAAGUGUUUUAAUGUUGCCUUCCCAGUCUUUGCAUUAAUUCAUAAUCACUUCCUUUGCAAUCUUGAUGGGGACAACACUCAAAUGUCAAUAAUUGUCACUCUCAAUGCCUUUUCUGAAUUUUGUCAAGUCUUUACA